AUGGUUGAGUCUGGGUCGAUCAUCUUGGGAGUGGUGGCGAUUCUCUCGGCGCUAUUCGGGGCGUUUUUGAAGCCCAAGUUUCGACCAAGCAGGACCGGGACAAAUCGUAACAACGAGCAUUGUUCGACGAUAGGCUUGGAGGCAUGUGAGGACAUAUGGGUCGAUCAACCGACAGGGUUGGCUUAUUUGGCAUGCAGCAGUCGUACACAGCGGGCGUUUUGGGAAACGGGAGUGGGAAUACUAGAAGCAGAAAAAUUACCACCUCGCUCGCUUGAUCAUAUCACAAUCCUAGACCUCAAAACCCACGAGCACCGAAAACUCGAACUGGUCAACUUACCACCCCACAUAGUACAGAACGGUAUUUACGUGCAUGGUAUCGACCUGGUUGUUACUCCGAGUGAUCCAACCGAUAGCAGCGCUGCAAACCAAAUGCCGUUUUCGGAUGGCGCAGCCGGCGAUCAGCUAGGCUCAAGACGAGCUACCAUAUACCUCAUCAACCAUCGACCUCCCUCGGACAGGAAGUCUGCCUCUUUGAUCGGCGCUCAAAGCGUGAUCGAGGUUUUCGAUACCGUGUUGGGUGACUCCAAGGCAACACACACCAUAACGAUCGAACAUGGUCUCAUCUUAACUCCUAACAAUCUUGUGGGUAUUAGUGAGACAAGCUUCUAUGUUACAAAUGACCAUAGCUCCAAAACCGCUUGGACCCGGCGUUUGGAGCCGUUUUUCACAGAUUCAGAGAUUGAUAGCAUUAUAUUUUGUUCGUUCCAAGACGAGCUGAACUGUUUGCCUGCAGUAAGCGGUAAACAUCCGCACCCCAAUGGAAUUGCUAAGGGGCCCGGGGAUUCGUUGUACAUGGUCACCACUUUUGAUCCUUAUCUGAGAGUGUAUGAAAUCCAAGCCGACUACACUCUAGCCCUAACAGACGAACUCAAAUUACCCAGAGUAGUGGACAAUAUUUAUGUGACCCCCAAAGGAUCAAUCUUUAUGGCCGGAAUACCAUCACUCUAUAGGUUCAAGAAACGUCUGUUGGGGAUGCAAGAAGGCAACUUUGAUAUACUGUCUCCCUCUGAUGUUUGGAAAGUCUCAAAUGAAACAAGCUCUGAUGCUUUUUACGGUGGAAGAUUGAAGGUAGAACAGGUCCUAGCAGAUGAUGGAAAUAAAAUCAAUGGAAACACGGGUGUGGCUGUUUGGGAUUCAAAGCUGUAUCUAACCGGCCUUACAAGUCCAUAUAUAUCAGUAUGUAAAAUUGAUGAGGAAUUGGCUCAGUGA